ACACAAAGAAUCCCAACCACAUUCCCCCCACAUAAACAUCAAACAGUUAUCUUUCUCGUCCUAUUUUGUUGAAAAAAUAAAUCACAUUUCGAAACACCACCUUAACUACCAUAACUGAAUUGGGUUUCUUCCAUAAUUCUUCCCAAUGGAGUCUGUUGCCUCCAGCUCCUCUCCACCAAACCACCACCACCCCCAACGGCCACGGACACGGUUCAAGCCCACCCAGCCCUUUGCGGACCGUAUUGUCCGCGCCCUCCACCACGACCUCCGAAUCCUCCACCGCAGCGAAUCCACUUUCUUCAUCCUGGGCGCCACGGGGAACGUGUACACCGUGGCCUUAUGCGCCACCCCUUCAUGCACGUGCCCUGACCGCACAACCCCAUGCAAGCACAUACUCUUCGUGUUCCUCCGAGUGCUCGGCCUUCCCCUCGACGACACGUGUCUCAGGAGGAGGACGCUCCGGCCGUGCCAGGUUAGCCGCCUGUUGGGGCUGCCGACGCUGCCCGAAUCACUGGCUGGUGUAAGUGUUCGACAGAGGUUUCAUCAGCUGUUUUUCAACCAGGGCUCGUCAGCUUCGUCGUCAAGAACAAGGCCAAGGGAUGUGGAGAUUGAAGAGGGCAGAAGCUGCCCCGUUUGCUUGGAGGAGAUGGGAAGGGAAGAGAGAGUGGUGGCUUGCGGGACAUGCAGAAACCCAAUUCAUGAGGAGUGUUUGAUGAAGUGGAAGAGGAGCAGCGGGAGGAGGUCGGCUUAUUGUGUGAUUUGUAGGGCAAGGUGGAGGGAUAUCAAUAGGACGAUGGAACAAGACAAGUACUUGAAUUUGACCGCUUAUGCUACGAGUCAUGAUCAAAAAGAUGAUUCUGAUGAGGGUCUCUGUGGUGGUGGUGGGUAAAUCCCAUGUUUAUGAUGUAAAUAAUUAUCAGCAGGACAGGUUAAAAAGGAUUAAACAUAAUUGUAAGUUGAUAUUGAAAUUGUAAAUUUGGAAAGGAAAUGAAAGUGCUUUUAUUAUCUGUCA